UUGCUGGCGUCACUUGAGUUCAAACCGCCCGGCUGUCCUCUGACCUCGUUCCUGCGCCCUCCUCCGCAAACCCAAACGUCUUGCAACCUCCAGACCACCUCACCAGCCUUCCCGAUUGCCAACCUUCUGCAUUCCAACAACCCGACCUCCCCUCCCUACAACGUCCUGCGAAAUCACGAUCCUUUUCGCAACGUAACCCGCGACACACCAACAACACCAUCACAUCCUCCUUUUUCUGAGCUCGCGCUUCAAGCUCAAUCGACAACACCCGAUCUAUUUCGUAUUCAGCCACCCUCCAACACAAUGUCCGACGCUCCGUACGACCCUUAUAUCCCUGCCGGCCAGCAGGGCGCCGGGCAACAAGGUGCUGGCAACAACGCGGGAACCGCCAGACUGCAACAGCAAAUCGAUGACACCGUCGGAGUGAUGCGCGAGAACAUCAACAAGGUCUCUCAGCGUGGUGAAAGGAUCGAUGCCCUUCAAACCAAGACCGAUGACCUCGCCAUUAGUGCACAGGGCUUCCGUCGUGGUGCCAACCAGGUCCGCAAGAAGAUGUGGUGGAAGGACAUGAAGAUGCGCAUCUGCUUGAUUGUGGGCAUCAUCAUCUUGCUCGUAAUCAUCAUUGUCCCAGCAGUCGUUGCUACGCGCUAAGCUGCUUGUGAAUGAUUUGGUUAUGAUGAGUGAAACAGAAACGUUGUCAGGAAGUGCACGAAGCUGGAUUUGGCUUGCUUUUCAGC